GCGCAAUGCUCCCUCGGCCAGAGAAAAGCACUCAGACCUGUUGUCCGGUCAUGAUGACUCUGGCUCAUUGGCGUGUUGCCCGUCACCAGCCCGGGCGAGAUCGGGCGCGCGAGGGAAGCCUCUCGUAGAGCCUUUGUCUGUCAUAUACAAGUAGACUUCUCGGUUGUGACGUGAUGCCAAAACAGAUCUCCCCUCUUCCAAAACCAGCCUCUUUCUGUGCUUCUUCGUCCUUUGGAAGAACAACUCACGCGAAAUCCUAGAAUCUCUCAUCUACACAUUCUCUGCGGCUGCAGCGAUCUCGACAAGCUGGCCGAUACACUUAAGAAGAUCGCUUCGUCUGUCGCUUCUGUCCUCCAACCAGUCUCCGUCGAUCCUCCGAUCUCAGGAACCAUGUCCGGCGACGCAGAGCAGCAAGCUUUCGAGCAAGAGGUGAAGGAGGUCCAGCAGUGGUGGACAGACUCAAGAUGGCGUUACACACGCAGACCCUAUACUGCGGAACAAAUUGUUUCCAAGCGUGGAAAUCUCAGGAUUGAGUACCCGAGCAACGCCCAGGCUAAGAAGCUGUGGAACCUCGUAGAAGGUCGCUUCAAGGAGAAAACCGCGUCUGCCACAUAUGGCUGUCUCGACCCGGUCAUGGUCACUCAAAUGGCCAAGUACAUUGAUACUGUCUACGUUUCGGGCUGGCAGUCUUCCAGCACUGCGUCGAGCUCAGACGAGCCAGGACCAGAUCUUGCGGAUUACCCAUACACCACUGUGCCCAACAAGGUGAACCAUCUCUUCAUGGCGCAGCUCUUCCACGACCGCAAGCAGCGUGAGGAACGUCUGAGCGCCCCACCUAGCGAGCGAUCGAAACUUGCCAACACCGAUUUCCUCCGACCCAUCGUCGCCGAUGCCGAUACUGGCCACGGUGGUCUGACUGCUGUGAUGAAGCUCACCAAGCUCUUUGUUGAGAAGGGUGCAGCGGGAAUUCACAUUGAGGAUCAAAUGCCGGGUACGAAGAAGUGCGGACACAUGGCAGGAAAGGUCUUGGUUCCAGUCUCAGAACACAUCAACAGACUGGUGGCAAUCCGUGCUCAGGCAGACAUCAUGGGAGUUGAUCUCCUUGCUGUUGCGAGAACUGACUCUGAAGCUGCCACACUCAUUACUUCCACCAUUGAUCACCGCGACCACGCUUACAUUCUUGGUGCCACAAACCCAGCACUGCAGCCACUGAACGAUCUCAUGGUUGCAGCCGAGCAGGCUGGCAAGAACGGAGCUGAUCUCCAGGCGAUCGAAGAUGCAUGGACAGCGCAGGCGGGUCUGAAGCUUUUCAACCAAGCGGUUGCGGACACAAUCAACGCCGGUGUGCAUGUGAACAAGCAGGCUCUGAUCGAUGAGUUCAACAAGCAAGCCAAAGGCAAGAGCAACUCCGAAGCUCGCGCCAUCGCAAAGGGCCUCACUGGCGUGGACAUCCAGUUCGACUGGGAUGCUCCUCGAACCCGUGAGGGAUACUACAGAUACCAAGGCGGUUGCCAAUGUGCCGUAAUGCGCGCAGUCGCAUACGCACCCUACGCAGACAUGAUCUGGAUGGAGAGCAAAUUGCCCGACUUCGAGCAAGCCAAAGAGUUCGCCGAUGGCGUGCACGCCGUGUGGCCAGAGCAAAAGCUCGCAUACAACCUCUCACCAUCCUUCAACUGGAAAGCAGCAAUGCAACCUAAAGACCAAGAAACUUAUAUCAAGCGUCUCGCGUCAUUGGGAUACUGCUGGCAAUUCAUCACGCUUGCUGGUCUGCAUCAAACUGCUCUCAUCGCCGAUCGCUUCUCGAAGCAGUAUGCUGCGCGCGGAAUGCGUGCGUAUGGCGAGAUUGUGCAAGAACCGGAAAUGGAGGAGGGUUGUGAGGUCGUCAAGCACCAGAAGUGGUCUGGCGCCAACUACGUUGAUGGUCUGUUGCAGAUGGUGCAGGGUGGUAUUAGCAGCACUAGUGCCAUGGGCAAGGGUGUCACGGAAGACCAGUUCAAGUAGAGAAGUUGAAAGAGAUGGAGUGCGGGACUGUUGCGGACGUGUGUAUUUGUGUGGGAUACCAUUUGACGAGGGAGAAGAGGACCAUCUAAAUUGUGUGGAAGUAGGAGAAUGCAAGGAAUUUGGAAUCGUGGUCUUCCAGGAUCAUUCACGCAUGGUCAUUCACAUCGUACAUCUGCUACCAUUCGUCAUAGUCCCUCACCGAUCGUUCGGCCUUGGUACAUCUUUGAAGUCCACACCGCUAUCCUUCCGGGUUCGUUGCUUGCAA